AUGGCGGCUUUACGUCUUAUAGAUAUUUUUGAGCGAAAUGCAAUCGAUCGGCAACGUUUACCUCGAGUUUUUAAUCGACAUCUUCCAUGGCAAGGUUUUUCCGACAAUGACCUCCGAAAACGGUACAGAUUUGGCCGAGAAUCGUUGCAGCAUAUCUCACGAUUGAUUGCAAACGAUGUACGGCCAACAACAAACCGUAACAAAGCCUUGUUAACCGAAGAGCAAUUGGUCAUUGCUCUUCGUUUCUUUGGGUCCGGGAGCUUUUUGCAAGUCAUUGGCGACACUCACGGUUAUGAUAAAGCCACUGUUUCGAGAGUAGUGCGUAAAGUCGUACUUGCAUUGGCUUCUAAGCACGCAGACUACAUCAAUUUCCCAUCAACAAAUGAGGAAAAAAAUGCUAUUCGUACUGGGAUGUAUCAAAUUGCGGGUUUUCCCUGCGCCAUUGGCUGCGUUGAUGGCACACAUAUACGUAUAAUUGCUCCUUCCCAAAACGAGCCAAAUUAUGUAAAUAGAAAAGGAUACCACAGCAUAAAUGUUCAAGUCAUUUGUGAUGACAAAGGUAAAUAUGAACAUAUUGAACAUGUUUAAUUAAUAUUCAAAACCAUAAUGUACUAGACUUCAAGAACCAUAAUAUAACACACUUCAAUAAUCAUAAUAUAAUAGAUAAUCAUAACAAUAGAAUUUUACAAAGUUAUCCACUUAAUUUAUCUUACAAGUAUUAAUACGACCUACUUGAUAUAAAAUUUCCAAAAAUUAAUUUUAUGCAGGCAAAUUUAUCAAUGUGGUAGCACGAUGGCCUGGAUCAUGUCAUGAUUCAUUCAUCUUCCGUUCCUCUA